GCAAGAACAUGUGCUGCUCACUCGACUAGCUUCAUUCAACUACUGCUUAUGAAAAUCCUUGAAAAAUAGAUAGGGGCGCGAUGUUUCCAGUCUCGGGGGGAUUUGGUUUUCUUCUCUAGCACAGCAUCGGGGCAAUUUGGAGCUACUUACGUACUUAAACGUGUUUCCAAGCUCGAAAGUCAAGUUGGUGUUUCCUUCUCCAGAUAUAUCAAUGUUUAACUGAGCUUAGAGCACUCCACACCUCGGUAUCUACCCAUACUAAGUGGGUCACAACUGUGGAAGUACACCAGCUUUACAAUAAAGAUCGCGACCCGAGGAUAAACCUAGAACUUAAACUUCCCCCCUUACGUUUGUCCCCUUCAUCAUACCUUGUACUUACCAACCUAUCGACUUAUCAACUGCCGUUGGGAACCCGUUGCACCAGUUGCAUCAUUCAAUCCGAUACAACUGCAGCUGCAGCUUCAACACCAACAUACUCGCAUCCUUACUACCCUCGACCUAUUUAACCGGAAUAUUAAGUAACGAUGGGAGGAAUUGGCCCUGAUCCGCAGACUGUUGCGUAUAUUAAAGAGUUGUCAAAACCACCACCUCCAGGUUCGCCUUACGCUUUGCCUGUUCCCGGUUCCGAACGCGAGGGGAGAUCUCCCAUCUAUAGGCAUUAUCAAUUCACCGACAAGCCUUUGCUCGAAACUUAUGUGCCCGAAAUUCGCACAUUUUACGAUCUGUUCCAAGAUGCCGUAAAGCGAUUCCCCGAUAACAAAUGCCUCGGCACGCGAUCCUGGAACCCGACGACUAAGUCCUGGGAGAAUCACUUCAACUGGCAGACGUACGCUGAAGUUGCUACGCGAAGCAAGAACUUCGGAUCGGGUAUAUAUGAGCUUCAUCGCCGUAUUGGUAUUCCCGCUGGCAGCAGCCAUGGAGUUGGUAUCUGGAGUCAGAAUAGAGCCGAAUGGCAGAUCACAGAUCUCGGAUUGACAUCGCAGUCGCUCUUCUCUGUCUCGCUCUACGAAACCCUAGGACCCGAUGCCUCCGAAUACAUUAUCAGACACUCCGAACUCUCCUGCGUAGUGUCCUCGCUACCUCAUAUCCCAACCCUGCUUGCCCUCGCACCCCGAAUACCUCACCUCAAAUUAAUCAUCUCUAUGGACCCCCUAGACUCUGGUGAACCUGAGGGAUACUCCAAAUUGGCGAUGCUGAAUGGUAUCGCUGCUCAGCAUGGAGUUCAGAUAUGGUCUUUCCAGGAUGUCGAAGCCCUCGGGGCGAAAGCUGCCCACGCUGCGCGACCUCCCCGUCCUGAAGAUAUCCUCACCAUCAAUUACACAUCCGGCACGACCGGUGAUCCCAAAGGUGUGGUACUUACCCAUGCCAACUGUGUCGCGGCCGUCGCCAGUGCUCGCUCCAGCGGGUCUUAUGCCGAAAAGGACGUCACUUUCUCUUAUCUACCUCUUGCUCACAUCUACGGGCGAAUGAUUGACCAAUGUGCGGUGACUACGGGUUGCGCCGUUGGAUAUUUCCAUGGAGAUAUGUUGGGAGUUGUUGACGACAUGAAACUUUUAAGACCUACUGGGUUCGUCUCGGUGCCUCGUCUGUUCAACCGAAUUGCUAUGGCUAUUCGAACCCAGAGUGUUGAGGCGGAUGGUGUGAAGGGUGCUCUCUCACGGAGAGCGAUAGAAGCGAAGAAGGCCAGCAUGAAACUGCCACCUGGCCAGGCGCAUAACAAGCACUUCCUCUAUGACAGAAUAUGGACGCCCAAGGUACGAGCUGCUGUUGGCUUGGAUCGAUGUCGUUCUAUGGUGAGCGGAAGCGCACAACUCGACCCUAACGUUCACGAGUUUCUCCGAGCAGCCAUGGGAAAUUUCUUCUGUCAAGGCUACGGUCUUACAGAAUCAUACGCCGCGGCAUCAUUCCAGCUCGAUGGCGACUUUACAGUUGGCAACGUAGGCGGCCCGAUGCCUGGUGUAGAAAUAUGUCUAGAAUCCCAACCGGAACUUGAAUAUCUAGUUACGGACAAGCCUAGGCCACGAGGUGAGCUGCUAUUGAGAGGACCAUUCAUUUUCGGCGGAUACCUAAAGAACGAGGAGGAGACCAAGAAAGCCUUGGAGGCUGAUGGAUGGUUUCACACGGGUGAUAUCGCCGAGAUCGACGAAUUAGGCCGAAUCAAGAUCAUCGACCGUAAGAAGAACGUCCUCAAACUGUCUCAAGGAGAAUAUAUUUCCCCGGAGCGAAUUGAGAAUGUGUUCAUGGGUAAUUCGUCCCUGAUUGCUUCUGCCUUCGUUCACGGCGAACCCAGUCAGUCAACGCUAGUCGGCAUCUUCGGCGUAGAUCCGGCCACAUUCGGACCUUUCGCCAGUAAGGUGCUGAAGAAGACGAUAGACGCCGGAGAUAUCGAAGGUAUCAAGACCGCCGCUCAGGAUCCCCGUGUGGUAAAGGCCAUGGUUAAACAUCUCGAAGAGAUUGCCAAGAAGUACAAAUUCAACGGUUACGAACGCGUACGCAAUUGUCUACUAGACGUCGAACCGUUUACCGUAGAGAACGAGCUCUUAACACCAACCCUAAAACUUAAGAGACCCCAAACAGUACGGAAGUUCAGGACCGAUAUUGAUCGGAUGUAUGAUGAAAUCAAUUCGGAAACAACAAGCGUCAAAGCCAGGCUAUAGUCCGGCAAUCGAGGUUGUAUGUACAAGGUAUAAACUGUACAUUUUCGUUCACUUGUGUAUAACAUCGACGGCGUUAAGCCAGCUUAAAUAUAAUGCAUCAUUGCUUAAUGUUUUAACACCGUUCAUUGUUUAAAUAUUUUCAUUCCGUGUUUUUAUAAAAAUAAAAAGUAAAGUUUUAAUAUA